GGCUCCCGUGAAUGUCUCGUCCCCAUAGCAAAUCGAGGAUGCAAGUAGCUGCCGUCAAACAACUUUUCCCCCACCGUCACAACCCGUGGAGUUCAUUUCGUAUGGUGCGGAGGAGGCCCGGACAUCCGUCUAGGCACUGAGCAGCCGCCGGAGCUUCGCGAAACCUUCUUCAAGCCACCAAUUUGGAGUAGUUUCGCGAAGUAGCGCUUCUCCUCGCUGUCGCCGUCUGUCCGGAGCGAGGUUCAGGCAGGCAGCUCAUCCAAAUGGCCGAGCCGAGAAAAGUGCAGUUUGUCACCCUCUCGGCCUUCGCCGCAGGAGCGGCCGCGGAGUCGAGGAAACGCCGGCUGGAGGAGGAGGCCGACUUCAACUUCGGCGGAACCGGGGAGGUCGAAGCAGCAACCGGGGAAGCGGGGGCUGCCAGCAACGGCCGUGAUGGCAAAAACGGCGACGGGGAGAAGGCUGCAGGCGAGAAGAGGGCGACGGUGCGGCUCAACCUGUCCCUGCCGGAGCCCGACGACCGCUCCUCCGCCGAGUUUAAUUACGGGGAACUCAUCCAAAACCUCCAGGUAAAGAACAAUCCCCCAAGUCUUACUUCAGUAAACAAUCCCAGCGACCCCUUCAACGAUGACGAGAGAGAGCGGCUCCAGGUUGAGGCCCUGGCCAAAAAGUUUGAAAAUAAAUAUGCUAACACAGAGGAGAAGAAGAAGAAGAAGGACAGAAUGCAAGAUUUGAUUGAUAUAGGCUUUGGCUACGACGAGACAGACCCCUUUAUCGACAACUCAGAAGCUUAUGACGAACUGGUUCCUGCGUCUCUGUCCACAAAGCUGGGGGGAUUUUACGUCAACACGGGCACGCUGCAGUUCAGAGCGGCCUCUGACUCCGAGCCGGAGGAGGACAAGAACUCUAAUGACAACAAAGAACAGGUAAUGAAGAAGAGGAAAAAGAAGGAUGUGAAUGACCUGGAAGACGAGGAGAAGAACAAAGAACCUAGUCAAGGAGUACCAGCUCUAACCCUCCAGCGGCCGGAGAAGAAGAAGAGAAAGAAGCUGAUGAAGGACUCUCUGUACCUGGCAGCCAUGCUCCGCCGCUUCACCCGUGAGAAGGAGGAGAUGAGGAAGACAAACGCAAACGUGGCCCCCCCCGGUUUGCCAGGAGCUGUGGCCAACAAGUUACACUCCACCAACUCAAAGAACCACCUGUUGGCCUCCAACUCCACUCCUCUGCAGGGCAACACGGCGAGCAGCGACUUGUCACUGGCUGACCUCACCUCUGACCCCGCUGUGAUGUCGCUGCUAGGCUCGGCCAAUGAGAAAGAACUGCAGGAUCUCCUAGGCGACCUAGACUUUAGCUUGGCGGACACUGAGCAGCAGCAUGCAAUGGCGGCCGCCAGGGAGAAUGGCAUUCUGGGAGUUGGUGUUCCAGGCUCUAAAGGAGCCGCAGCAGGAGGAAGCGGCCAUGGGCGAGGCCUGGGGCCCUCCAGCGGACUGUUUUCUCCGCCUCUGCUGCCCGAUGGACUGCCUGCUCCUCUUAUUAAACGGAUCGAGGACCUGCGGGCGGCCUCGCGGCAGUUUGAUCAAGAGGGCAGGAAGAAAUUUUUCACCUUGGACAUGAAUAACAUUCUCCUGGACAUUGAGUUGCAGGUGCAGGAGCAGCCUCCUGAUGUGCGCUUAAGCAUCUACUCGCACAUGGAGGCGUUUGUGCCGUGCAACAAGGAAGCCCUCCUCAAACGCCUGAAGAAGCUCAGUCUCAACAUCCAGGAUGACCGUCUACGGACGCCGCUGUUGAAGCUGAAGCUGGCUGUGUGUAGUGUGAUGCCGGAGCAAAUAGCCAGAUACAACAUGGACUGCAUGGCCAGGGUUGCAAAGCAGCAGUCAGGAGAGGGCGAUAAGAAUGGUUCAGAGGAAGAAGAUGAGGAAAAGCCUGGGAAAAGGGUGAUGGGGCCGCGGAAGAAGUUUGCCUGGGACGACAAGCUCAGGACUCUGCUGUGCAGCUUGGUGCGAGUGAAGCUGAGCUGCUACGAGAUGGAGAACCAGUGCUCUCUGUCUGUGGAGGACUACCUCAAGGCCUUCCUAGAGAAUGAGGUCAAACCACUAUGGCCUAAGGGCUGGAUGCAGGCCAGGAUUCUGCUCAAGGAGAGUCUUGCUGUUCACAGUCACCUCACUGGAAACCUAGUCAAGAGGAGAAUGGUGCCUGGACAGAAGGCCAAAGCCAAGGAGGGUCUUUGGAUCCACAAACCACCUGCAAUGAUGACCUCCACCCUGCCUCAGCCCUCCUGCGCGUCCUCUCUGAGCUCCACCCGCCAGGCCCCCUCCUCUGCCUCGCCUCCGGAGCCCAUCUGCCUGUCGGACUCGCUAGAUGAGGAUCUGACUGCUCCUUCUCUGGACUCCAUCUCCCACGCACUGGCCCUCCUUAGCAACGCGUCGAAGGGCCUUGGCCUCUCGGACAGCCCCCUGUCGCCCCCACCCCUGCAAAUGCCCACCUCUUCUCCUCCCCCCGUCACUCCUCAUUACCCCUCGGCCUCCCAGCUUUCUGCCUCCCUAGCAUCAACGACGCAGCAGCAUUCCCUCCCGAAGGCGGAGGCCACUCCCCUGGUGUCUGCUGGGAACAUGACGACGACAAUAACAACGCUACCGACCUCCUUUUCUACCUCCUCUUCAUCGUCUCCAGCCGCUUCCUCCUUGGCUCGUGUGCAGGCAGCCGGCCUGUCGCUGGCUUCCAGGACGGCAGUUGGUCCUUUCGGCCUCAUUAAAGCAUCUGGCACCAUGAGCCAAACCCAAACCCAGACUCAGAGACUUGUUACCAUGGCAUCGCCCAAUCACAGGCCCAGCCUGGCGAUGGGCGUUGGCGGCAAGAUGCAACCCCAUCCGUCCCCGUCACCCCCGAAGCAGCGCCCUCCGCCCACCGCUUCCCCGCUACUGCCCCCCCAUCAGAAGGGCUUUGUUAGCCCGGCGGGGAUGCUGGGAGCUAUGGGAGCCCCUCAAGGACUGGCCAAGAGCGGUGCCAAAGCCAGCAGCAACGGCAGCGUGAGCAGCAGCAUCACGCCGUCGUCCUCCCCCUCCCCCUCCCCACUGUCCCGCUCUAGCUCCAUCACCCACGCUGUCCUGCAGUCCUUCUGCCCUCAGUCCACGGUGGCCUCCUCAGCGUCCCCCACCUCGCAUACCUCACACUCCUCUCAAGGUAAAUCCCACGCUCAUCACCACCACCACCACCACCACCAGGCUAACUUUAUCACACCCAUGCAGGCCACCCUCACCAAGUCCUCCCACAGCAGCAACUCCUCUCCCAUCAUCAAGCUCACCCCCCGGCCCCCCGCACCCACCCCACCUCCCUCCUCCUCACCGUCCCCGUCAUCUUCGCCCUCACACCCGCUCUCCCAUCAAAUGAUCCCCAGCCAACAGCAACAACACCAGUACUCCCCCAAAACCCCCAAAACCUUUCGCCCCCCCCCGUUUAGCGUGUCGGGCGGCGGGCAGGUGAAGCAGACGCAGGGACACUUCAGUUUCGCCGGAGGCCAGAAAGCUCAGUCCACGACGAGCACCAGUAGCAGCCUCGUCAACAACUCCAUCAUCAGCAAGGGGGUCAUUUCCACCGCGUACAGCCGCCCAGACAGAGCGCCCCUGUCCUCGGCGCCUUCGGUCUCGGCCAAUCACGGGCAGAGGCAGAGGGAGAGGGUGGUGGGUGGGGCUGCCCAGAGCUCGAAGGCGGGAAACAGUUGGGCUGCUUCAGGAGCCACGUCCUCCACAACAUCACACCUCUCACAGGUAUCGACAGCAGGCGCUUCCCUACUGGGGAGCCCCUCCGCUCUGCCGCUGGGCUUUGGGAUGCUGGGAGGCCUGGUUCCAGUCUCGCUGCCCUUCCAGUUCCCCCCGUUGCUCAAUUUCAACCCUGCCGGAGCCCCAGGGAUCGCUGGCAUGGCCUCAGCCCCCAGUUCCAACUCAGGAUACACCAUAGCACAGAGCGACCUAAUGGAUCUGUAUAAGAGUCUCCAGUCAGGGUCGCAGGCUGCCCUACCUCCUCACUUGCAGCUUGCUUUCUCAGAUGCGAACCAAAGCCAGGGUGGAGACAUGAAGAGGAAACCCCACUGACCAAUAACUGCACAGGAGGCCCACACCAGCAGGGUGACAUCACAGCCUCCUGGACACAUCCACCAAUAGGAAUCUUCACUUUGACUGAUACAGUACGAGAGGGCGGGGCUCCACUGCCUCUUUUAUAAAUGGACCUAACGGAAAAUCGGUUUAUACAAGCUACAAGUGGCAAUGAUUCAUUAUUUUAACUGUAUUUUCCAAUGAACCGGGUAUGAGAACAAGACAGAGUGAAUGACGAGAACACCCUUUCACUUUAGUUCAGCUUAUUUUUUUGUCAACAUGUUUACAUAUGUCCGACCUUGAUCACUGUGGAAUGCGUGUGAGCGAGGUGGUGAUACAGAUUAGAGUAAUAGUAUGCUACGUAAUAUAAGUUGUAUUUAAGCUUAUGUGGAAUAACAGGACUUGUUCUUGCAGUACAAAAAAAAAAAAAGAUUAUUUCCUUUUGGUCUCAGAUGUGGGAAACUUAGUGUCCGUAGAAAAUGUAUUAUUACUUACACAAGUUAUUAUUUACACCUCUGCUCCCACAAAUGACUGUUAAGUAGUAGCUUAAAUUGAUAUUGAUAAAUUAUUUGUAAUUUACACAGGGACAAACACACAUGUGUGAGUGUUUAUGAAUGAGCGACACAGCGAGAGCGAGCGUGAGUGGUGAAGUGUGUGUGUGUGUGUGUGU